UGAGAAUGCAGCCAAAACACUGACAGACAAGUCACACAAGGUGGUGGAAGUGACAGGCAAAGCUAAUCCUUAAUGGCUACUGUCAUUUGAGGGGCCGUAUGGAGUGCUAUGGCUGCAGACUUGGGUUGGAUGUCUGGCGACACGUCCUCCUUAGACAUCACCAUUAUCUCUGUUCUCUUCCUCGUUGUCUACAUCACACUCUACACACUCUGCACCACCUGCUUCCGUGAGACUCCAGAAUGUCCAGAGGAGAAAGAAAGACCCUCAUCUCUCACACUGAGUGUGAAUACAGAAGAUCCCUCAAACGCACAUAGAACAAUGAACAAUGAUGAUGUUUUAAGCUCUAUGGUACACAGCAAUAUGCUGCAGGUUCCCGCUGGGCCUCCGCAUGAGAACCACAGCAUUGUGAACUGCCAACAAACCAAUAUUUAUUCACAUAUCAGAGCUAAAUCGGACAGUUAUUUUAGCCUGCAAAUGAGUCCCAGAAUUCUGGACACCCCUCCAUUCUCUGUCAGAUCAACAGGUUCAGCUUCUCCACAGCUUCCUGCUCUUCCACCAGUUCCACCAUCUUUCUAUUUGACCACAGUCCAGGCACAAAUGCCAGUAGAGUCGUCUUCAGAACAGCAAGAUGAAGAGGUGAAAACUUCACUGGAGUGUGUCAAACCUUCACCAGAAGCUCCUCCACAUAUGACCAGUGGAUUUACUGAGACAGUCGGUGAGGAACAUCUCUAUGCCUGUAUAUACAAUCUGAGAGAGAGUGAACCUUCAUCACCCGCCCCCUGUGAUGGAGCCAAUGAGGAUCAGUGUGAGGUCGAGAGUCCCUACCUCACAGUGACGUAUGAUGAAUGGACAGAUUCUACUGCUUGUGGCUUAACCAUGCUUGGGACAGACAGUGAAAAGGAGGAGGAGUUGAAAUUUAUUUUUCCUCUUCCGGCAGUUCAUGAUGACCUGCCGUCAGUUAACCCGGACACGUCUCCCAUCUAUGCUGUGGUGAACAGGAAAAUCAAAAGUCCAAAGCUCCUGCAAGAAGCUCCUAUUGUACAAAACUCAACAGUGUUGGAUGAAGACGAGGCACCACCUGUUCCAGAAAAGAUAUUUGACUAAAGAAUAGAAGGUCUACACAUAUAACACAAAAAGUCAACAUUAAAUACACACAAUACAGAUUUAUACAGUGGUCCCCUGGAACUCACGGGGGUUACGUUUUAAGACCCCCCCACAAGUUCCAAAAAUACCCAAUUUUGGACGCACCCCUGAAGCCCCUAUGGUACUUUAGUGAAUUCAUCUAGACGUUACACCAGUAAGUUGGUUCCUUUUUGAUGCAUACUCAACAGAAAAUAUGACGUAAUAGACAUAAAUGCUUUAUUUAUCACUUAAAAUGAAUAAUACAGUAAUGUUUCAAAAUUUAAAUGAAAUUUGUUUGUGAAAACAGUUUAAAAUGUUAUUCCUAACGUUCCUGAACAUUCGGUCCCUCUGUGAAUUCCCGCCAAUUUUAAGAUAUUCUGCAAAUUGCUGUUAGUUAGGUUCGAAAUGAGAACCCGCUAAUUUUUCAAACCACAAAUGAACAGUGGUUGACUGUAUAUAUAUCAGAUAAUAUAUAAUAUUAUUUAAAAUGUAACAGUACACAUUCAAACCAUUUCGGUACAGGAUUUUUGGUUCGGUGCACGGGUGUACUAAAUGCUAUCCUUGUUUUACGUGCGGAACUUUGCACUUUAAGCACAGUAUCACUACUCGAUCUGUACUAGAAACAUGAUGUACAUGUACAAAGGACAAUUUCUUUUAAAAGGAGAAAUUCCCAACAAUUCCACAUAUUGAGAGAAUGAAUGAAUGAAGGAUAGAUAAAAUGAAUUUAUUUAUUAGUGAAUAAAUUAAAUAAAUAUCUUGUGUUUCUUAAAGUCAUUUGUUAAAUGCUGAAAAAAGUAUAGGUAAGUCGAAAAUAUCGUUAGAAAAUUUUAUAUUAAAUGUAAACUUAUGUAAAUGAAAAUGUAAAAGCACACACUUAUAUACACGUCUGUAUUACAUCCAACAAAUGUACAUUUAUUUAAGAUUUUUCCAUUUGUUUCAUUUUAUUUGGUCAAUUUAUUUUGUGCCUAUUUAAUCAGUAUAAUAAUACUCACUUUAAUCAGUAUAAUAAUACUCACUUUAAUCAGUAUAAUAAUACUCACUUUAAUCAGUAUAAUAAAACAAGUGCAUCGCAUGAAUUUGAUUAAUUCUAUUUUAUUUGUAUAUAUACAUUUUUAUAUCGUUUCAGGUUCUGAAAAGUUCCUUGUUCAUGUCCAUGUUCAUCAUUUAUGCAAAAAGUAAAAUAAAAUGAAACGUUUGUUAAUUUUCUGAAAAAUCUUUCAUAUUCAAAAGGGAAGGCGAGUGAAACUGAAAAAGCAGAGUAGAAGGAAGAAGCAGUUGAAAAUAAAACUACUUGUAAAUUUUUUUUGUACCAAGCUUUUGCAGGUCUCUACUUAGAGGCAGCUUUGUAAGCGUUGUUUAGAUAGAAAAAAGGGUCAUCUGGAGUGUUUUUUAUUAUUGAUUGACCUGCCAGUCACAGCACCUAAAUCCUAUUGAACUGUUCUGGGAUGACCUGGAUCACAAGGUCUACCUUACCUUUGACAAGUACUUUAGCUGAAAGUUUUAGCCGCGUUUGGAGAAACAACCUGCCAAGUUAUUCAUGCUAAGGAAGGAUUUUAUGAAGAAUGAAAUUAUUCAUAGUGUAACAUCUGCAUAUUUAUAUGUUUGUUUGGUCAAAGUAAAUCUUCUUACCGUUAAAUUACCUACUUUGUUGUAUAGAAAUUGUACUGUAGUUAUGUACAGUAACAAAGUAAUUAUAAUUCAUGACUCUCCGACAGGUCACAGAAUUUGGACAUUUUAGCUGACUUUGGAGCUCUCGUUUGUCAUUAAAUGCUGCAACAAUGUUCAUUAUAUUUCAAUCAGUAAUUUUUCCCAAGGUCAAAGAUUCAAUACAGUUUUCUGGAUUUUAUUCAAUUUAGUUAUUGUUAAUUUAUGUUUAAACCUAACAUAAACCUAAAUAAUUUAGUUUUUUGUAUAUUUUAUGUGUCAGGAUUUGAGGCUGUCAGGAUGCUUUACUUCCGUCGUCCACGAGAUGUCCCCAUUGUUCCUUCAUGUUGUUCACCCCUGUUUAAUAGGUUAACUGAAGCCACCUGUGUCCUAUUGUCAGUGUUCAUUUGCCUCUAGCUUUGACUCAAGGUACACCUGAGAAGACCAUUACAGUCUCUAUCCCCCUUCAUCACGCACAUUAAUACCACACGCUGCAUCCGCAAAGCCAACAGCAUUGUGGACGACUCCACACACCCCUCACACACACUCUUUACUGUCCUACCUUCAGGAAAGAGGUACUGAAGCAUUCGGGCCUCACAUCCAGACUGUGUAACAGUUUCUUCACUUUAAGCCAUAAGGCUCCUCAAUACAACACAGAAUCGAAUUGCACCAAACUCACACACACUCACUCAACUGUGUGAUACAAACCUGAACUCAAACACACACUCAAUACUCAUUUCAAUUCAUACACAUAUGCUAUGUCUUCAGCACCCUUGAUUUUAUAUUAUAAUUGUAUUAUAACUUUUUAUAUGCUAGUGUUGCUGUUUUGCACAACAUUUUGUGUUUAUGUUUACAACUACACUCUCAUUUAUAGCUCUAUUUUUUGCAGAUUGAACUGUAUAACAUAUACACUAGGUUUACUGGUCAGUGCUACUUUGUGUUUUUGUGUAUCUGUCAUGCACUGUAUUGUGUGUUUGCAGAGUCUUUAGUCUUGCACUCGAUUGCACACAAUGCAGUUUAUGUGGAGAGGACACUUUAUUUAGUACUUAGCUCUGUGUUCUGUUAUGUAGCGAUGUUGUGUGCUGUAGCACCGGGGUUUGGGAAAAACCUUUGUGUCAUUUCACUGUGUACUAAAUCACCUGUAUACUGU